CUUCAAAGACCAAAAUCUCUACGACGUCUUACACGAUCUACUACCACCUUACUCCCCUUCCCGCCUUCAUACCCUUUGACAACACUCCCGACUCAAUUACUCCUCCAUUUUGAGCAAAAACUUCCCAUCCAGCUCCCCGGCUAAUUCGCAUUCCGCCUUCUCCUUUUGCUGGACUGCUGUACUUACUUCCCCUUUGCUUGCAACGACUAUUUUACCGAAGCAUCAGUUCGAAAUACUCUAAAUACGUCUUCAAAUAUCAGACAUAUCCAAACUGCCGCUCUCCAAUACCCCUUUUGUCCCUCCAUCUCCACGGACCGGCCUCAUCCGAAAGCAACCACGUAAUAUGGCAUCUGCUGCGUAUUCCACUAUCAAGCUCUUCUCUGGUUCCUCUCACCCUGAGCUUGCUGCUCUCAUCGCCAAGCGACUGAGAAUACCUCUUGCACGAGCCAACAUCAGCCAACCACCUUCGGGUGAGACCAAGGUCACUAUAGUGGAGAGUGUUCGAGAUUGCGAUGUAUACAUCUUGAACACUGGUGCGGGGGCUGUGAACACUAACUUGAUGGAACUUUGUAUCAUGAUUCAUGCUUGCAAGAUUGCCUCUGCCAGAAGAAUCACAGCCAUCAUUCCUCAUUUCCCCUAUGCGCGACAAGAUAAGAAGGACAAAUCCCGAGCUCCCAUCACUGCUAAGCUUGUAGCCAACAUGUUGAGGGAAGCAGGUUGCGACCACGUUAUUACUAUGGACUUGCACGCGUCUCAGAUCCAAGGAUUUUUUGAUGUCCCUGUUGACAACAUUGUUGCAUGCCCUGUCUCUCUUCACAGCCUCUAUGCCGAACCUUCGAUGAUUCAAUAUAUGCGGAAUAACAUUGAUGUUCAUGACUGUGUCAUCGUCUCCCCGGAUGCCGGUGGUGCCAAGCGAGCCACUUCCAUUGCCGACCGAUUAAAUGUCGAGUUUGCGCUUUUCCACAAGGAACGUAAAAAGGCCAAUGAAGUCUCCCGUAUGGUUUUAGUCGGUUCCGUCACUGGCAAGAUUGCCAUCCUGGUCGAUGAUAUGGCCGAUACAUGUGGCACUCUUGGUCUUGCUGCUAAGAACCUUUUGGAAGCCGGGGCCACCAAGGUUUAUGCCUUUGCUACACACGGUAUUCUUAGCGGCAAUGCGCUGAAGGUGAUCAGCGAGAGUGGAAUGGAAAAGUUGAUCAUUACCAACACCAUCCCUCAAUCGGAAAACUGUGAGAAGUGCGAGAAGAUCGAGGUGAUUGAUGUGAGCCGAGUAUUGGCCGAGGUGAUCAGGAGAAGUCACUUUGGAGAGUCCGUGUCUUACCUUUUCCAUGAAGUGCCUUAUUCCAAUGGUGUAGGUGCGUAGGAUGUCAACAUGUUAAGAAAUGUAUCAGGGAGUUGUCGGGGGACGUCAUAGAGGUGGUUUGUACAUUUAUCACGAGCUGGUCAGCGAAGAGUGACGGUCAUCCAUCUGGAAUCUUUGGUCCAUGAUUCAUUAUCAUUAUUUACAAGAAAAGAUCAUUCUCCAUUUCUAAGUCAUGCAUUUCCAGAUAGCUAGCUAGUGUGAUCGCGUGAGCAAUGUAUGCAUAUGGUAGUCU